GCCUACAUAGAAGAGUGACAGCAGCUGGACUGAAUGUUUCACUGCUGAACUGGUUCCUCAGGUAUCCUGGCUCUGGUGAUUGCUAUGGGAGAGUGGAUGACUGUUACAGAUCCAGAUCUGUCUUCAGAAAGCAAAAAUAUCUGUCAAUAUACCUCAGAAACAAAGAUGUCUCCAUCAAGUUUAUACUCACAGCAAGUGCUAUGUUCUUCAAUACCUUUAUCAAAAAAUGUGCACAGUUUUUUCAGUGCCUUCUGCACAGAGGAGAAUAUUGAACAAAGUGUUUCAUAUCUUGAUCAGGAAUUGACUACUUUCGGUUUUCCUUCAUUAUAUGAAGAAUCCAAAGGUAAAGACACAAAGAGAGAAUUAAAUAUAGUUGCUGUUUUAAAUUGUAUGAAUGAGCUACUUGUACUUCAGCGGAAGAACCUUCUAGCUCAGGAAAAUGUAGAAACACAGAAUCUGAAACUGGGAAGUGAUAUGGACCAUCUGCAGAACUGCUAUGCAAAACUUAAGGAACAACUGGAAACCUCCAGGAGAGAAAUGAUUGGGCUUCAGGAAAGAGACAGACAGUUACAGUGCAAGAACCGGAAUUUGCAUCAGCUACUGAAAAAUGAAAAAGAUGAAGUACAAAAAUUACAAAAUAUCAUUGCAAGUAGAGCUACUCAAUAUAAUCAUGAUAUGAAGAGAAAAGAACGUGAAUAUAAUAAAUUAAAGGAGCGUCUGCAUCAACUUGUUAUGAACAAGAAGGAUAAAAAAAUAGCUAUGGAAGUUUUAAAUUAUGUGGGGAGAGCUGAUGGAAAAAGAGGCUCCUGGAGGACGGGUAAAACUGAGGCCAGUUUCUUUCUCAGGAAUGAAGAUGAAAUGUAUAAAAUUCUCUUGAAUGAUUAUGAAUAUCGUCAGAAACAAAUCCUAAUGGAAAAUGCUGAACUUAAGAAGGUUCUUCAGCAAAUGAAAAAGGAAAUGAUUUCUCUUCUUUCUCCCCAAAAGCAGAAACCUAGAGAAAGAGCAGAUGAUAGUACAGGAACUGUUAUCUCUGAUGCUGAGGAAGAUGCUGGGGAACUGAGUAGGGAGAGUAUGUGGGACCUUUCCUGUGAAACUGUGAGAGAGCAGCUUACCAACAGCAUCAGAAAACAGUGGAGAAUUUUGAAAAGUCAUGUAGAAAAGCUUGAUAACCAAGUUUCAAAGGUACACUUAGAAGGUUUCAAUGAUGAAGACGUAAUCUCACGACAAGACCACGAACAAGAAACUGAAAAACUCGAGUUGGAAAUUCAACAGUGUAAAGAAAUGAUUAAAACUCAGCAGCAGCUUUUACAGCAGCAGCUUGCUACUGCAUGUGAUGACGACACCACUUCACUGCUUCGAGACUGCUACUUGUUGGAAGAAAAGGAGCGCCUCAAGGAAGAGUGGUCCCUAUUUAGAGAGCAAAAAAAGAAUUUUGAAAAGGAAAGACGAAGCUUUACAGAAGCGGCUAUCCGCCUAGGAUUGGAGAGAAAGGCAUUUGAAGAAGAAAGAGCCAGUUGGUUAAAGCAACAGUUUUUAAAUAUGACUACCUUUGACCACCAGAACUCAGAAAAUGUGAAACUUUUCAGUGCCUUCUCAGGAAGUUCUGAUCGGGACAGUCUUACAGUGCACUCAAGGCCACGGCAAAAGAAGCCUCAGAAUAUGUCUAACGGGUCUCCAGUUUGCACAUCUAAACUUACGAAGUCUCUUCCCGCUUCUCCUUCUACUUCAGACUUUUGCCAGACACGUUCCUGUGCAUCUGAACAUAGUUCAGUCAGCGUACUGAAUAUAACUCCUGAAGAAACUAAACCAAAUCAGGUUGGAAGAGAAUGUGCAAAUCAGAAGUGGAGCAUGGCAUCGAGACCUGAGUCACAGGAAGGUUGCUAUAGUGGGUGCUCCUUGACCUACACCAACUCCCAUGUGGAAAAAGAUGACUUACCUUAGACGUGUGGACUGGAACUGUUUUCAUUAACACGUUCAUCAGAUUUCACAUCUAAGUUGAAACAGGGUGUGUCAUAAAGUCAGUCAUCUCUACUAAUUUAAGGUGGUCUGAGUUGUUUGUUUGGACUUUCCUGUUCCUCCCCCAAAGAGCUAAAAUGUUAAAUCUAUUUAAAAGGAUAUAAAAGCUUUGGAUAAUGUAUUUUUAGUAACAGAAGCAUCUGGUUCUGUGAAUAAAGGAAUGUAUAUGUUUGGUCGAAAACAGAAGCACUAGAAUGAGUUUCCUCUUAUAGGUAUUAAAAAUAGCACUUUUAGGAAACUGAUUAUUGUAAAUGUUUAAUUUUGUCUCCUAUAUAGUUGGCAUUGGAAGUUUAGCCUUUACUUGAAUGUAUACUGUAGAUUUUUAACAAAGCAAGUUCUAUAUUUAUUAUGUUUAGUGUGAUUUGAAAUUUCCUCUUUCAUAUGUUUUAAAUAAAGUGAAAUUUAUGUAUGUUUUGUACAUAGAUAUACAUGAUUAUGUUAAGAGGCUUUAAGAUUUAAAAAUUUUACACAUCCAUAAUUAUAGUAUUUCAUGCCAAUAAAAUUUUUUUAGUGGUA